AAUUCAAAUGUUUGACUAAAAGAGAAUGCUCAACGAUUUUUAUCAAUUUUGAAGUUUUCAUGGUGUCCCCGGGAUUCCUGCCCAAACCCGCAGCUGUGGCUGCAUACGUCGCUGUAAACAUUGAAAUUGAUCAUCAAAUUUAUCCGCAUUUUUGCUCAGGUUGCUAAGCCUAUUGGUCCACAGCCCAUCAGCCCCGUAAGAUCGCAACAACAGCAACCCCUCCUAGGGGCUUGGGGUUUCAAUUUUGCAUAAAUUUUCCGCUCCACAGCGCUCCGAAAGAUCGUGCAGAUCUCACCACAAAUCAAAAACCGAUCGCAUGCAGCUUCCGUGCCGUCAACCGCCGCCGACCCCCGUGUGAUCGAGCAGGGUCAAUCCCCAAGUCCCCAACAGAGAAUCCACCCGAGAGCAGCGAGAGAUUUGCUCUCCGGAAAGUUUAAAGCCCCAUUCAGAACAGCGUCGCGUCGUCGUCGUCACCGUCGUGCGCCGGCCGUCGCCUAAUGAGGAUGUUAAACAAGAGACCUACAAACAGCACCCGCGAGAGAGAAGGGAAAAAAAAGCUUAACGAGAGGAGAUCAGAUCCCGCGUGCAGUUCCCAAACAGAAUCAGUCUAUCGGUGACUGCGGUGUCGGAUCGUUCGUGUCGUGCCGUCGUGAACCCUCGGUCUUUCCCUGUGUCCGUACACUAGUGGGUCAGUUGGUUAGUUGGGACAAGUCGCAGUCGCAGGACCAGUUCUGGUGAGGGCCAUUAAGAUUGAUGCUUAUCGAUCGAAAUUAGAUUUGGGUGAUGUUUGGGACCACCUUCCUCGGCUGCGUCGGUUUGUUCUCCCCUGUGCUCUGUUUGUAGCCAGGAUCCUUCCCGGAUCGAUUCCCGUUUCCGAGUUGGUAUCUUUGAAAAAGUGCGCGCCCGCGUGUGUAUGUAGAUUAGAUAGGUGCACUGAUUCCUGUCCAUCGUCGUCGUCGUCGUCGUCGUCGCCGUCGUCGCCUGCUUGGGUGAAGUGCGCGUCGAUUGUAUCAACCAGUUUGCCCAGCUCCUAUGAUUGAUUUUGAUCGAAUGGCCGCUGCCGCCGCCGCCGCCACCGCCGCUAGAGAGUUUCUCGGAGGGGUCGGUCAGGUCCCUCGGUUGACCAACUUUUGGGCUGUUUGAAAGUGCCCAAGCCUUGAGAGUUUCAAAUUUACUUUCCUCGUGCGUUCGUGCGAUCGUGUGAAGUGGAAGAAGAAGUACUGCGGGGCAGCUGCAUAGCCUGCCUCGAUUAAGCGCAACAUCACGAUCUUUUCGAAAAAACAGCCUGUGUGUGUGAGUGAGUGAGUGAAAACAAUCGAGAAACCCAGGGUUCAACCAGAAGAAAACAAAUCAGUCGACAAGGCAUAUAAUAUUCUAAUAUCUUAAUCUGCCACACAUCCCAUCGGAAGUCAUCGCCAUCGGAUCAGCGAUCCACUGCUGCAGGGUUACAAUUAUGCCCCCAACAAGCGGGCCGCAACGACGAGGAUUCCUCCCAGCGCGAUUAAUUGGCACUUGUUCGCAGUAGCAGAAAAACAUUUUUUUUUUUAGUUUUUGUUCUCCCGACAUUAAAGCAAGGAGAAUCGAAAUUUCCUUCGACCUUCGAAUCCAGAGCAAUCGGGCGAAAAUGUCCCUGCUAUCGUCCAGCUCAUCGCGACCGCGCUCGCUGAUGGAAGCCCUGCUGGCGAAGAAGAUCGAAGCGGCAUCCCAGGCCGGAGUGCCCGGUUCGCCGAAUAACAAUGGUGGUGGCCCGGGAGGGUCCCGACUCAUCCGGACCGAUUCGAUGGACUCGAGCAGCAGCAUCGGGUCGCUGGUCCUGGGUGAGGACGUGUGCCGGUGCGACGACUGUCUGCUCGGAAUCGUCGAUCUGUACACGAUCGGACCGCAGGAGACGGCUUAUGCGAAGAAAAAGGUGAGUAACAAACACAAACGAGCGAGAAGAGAACGACGAGCGUAGCGAGAGACUUGAAUGGGCGAGCAAGCGACGAAAGUGGGAAGCUUUCGCUGAGCGGAAAGCUUCGGCUACUAGCCGCCAGGUG